UAUUGCUUCAUAUAUCUUCUCCUUCUGCUCAACACAAGAACGAAAAAAUAUAACUGACUAGCAAUGGAGAUAGAGAGAGUGCAAGUUCUAUCGAAAGGCGGGCUUCAGGAACUUCCACUCCAAUUUAUCCGCUCAAUCCAUGAACGACCGGGCAACACCAUAGCCAUCGAAGGGGUGACAGUGCCGGUGAUUUCCUUGUCACAGCCACAUGAUGUUCUAGUCAAUGAUGUCUUUAAAGCAAGUAGUGAAUGGGGUUUUUUUAUGGUCAUAGAUCAUGGAAUACCAUCUUCUUUGAUUCAACAGCUGCAAGAAGUGGGACAAGAGUUCUUUGAAUUGCCACAAGAGGAGAAAGAGUCCUACGCAAAUGACCCUAGCAGAGGGAAAUUUGAAGGGUAUGGUACCAAGAUGACAAAGAACCAUGAAGAAAAGAUAGAGUGGAUUGAUUAUUUUUUUCAUCUUGUGGCUCCUACUUCUCGGGUUAAUUAUGAUAUAUGGCCCAAAUAUCCUCCUCCUUAUAGGGAAGUGAAUGAAAAAUACAAAGAGGAAAUGCUGAGAAUUACAGAUGAGCUGUUGAAGCUGCUCUCAAAAGGGUUGGGUUUGGAAGAGAAGACAUUAAAGUCCCAUUUGGGAGGAGAAGAUAUAGAGCUAGAAAUGAAAAUCAAUAUGUACCCACCAUGUCCGCAACCUGAAUUGGCACUUGGAGUUGAACCUCACACAGACAUGUCUGCACUCACCAUUCUUGUACCUAACCAUAUUCCAGGUCUUCAGGUUUGGAAAGAUGGCAACUGGGUUGCUGUUCAUAACCUUCCUAAUGCUCUCCUUGUACAUGUUGGAGACCAGCUCCAGGUGCUAAGCAAUGGAAAAUACAAAAGCGUUCUACACAGAAGUUUAGUGAAUAAGGAAAGCACGCGCAUGUCAUGGGCAGUGUUUAUUGCACCGCCGCAUGAGGCGUUGAUCGGACCUCUUCCACAGCUUUUGGACGAUAAAAAUCCACCAAAAUACACCACGAAAACCUAUGCAGAAUACCGAAUCCGAAAAUUUAAUAAGCUCCCUCAAUAAAUAACGGGAUUUGCUCGUAGCUAAAACAUUUCCCACUUUUUUCUAUUGUCUUCAAUAAUUAUCCUGAAACAUUUCCUACCUUUCUUUAUUGUCUUCAAUUUGUACUCUUGCAAUGAUGCUUAUAUUAGUAUAAUUAUUAUCAAAUAAAAUGAAAUUCACCUACUUUCCUUUUUUCGU